CCUAGACGUGUGUCGUCGUGUCAUUAUCAUCGUCAACAUUCAGUGAUACUCCAUGAUUCAUACCAACGUUUGGGACGCACUGCUCGUUUCCGUUGCCCCGUCCAUGUGACCGGCUUGAUGUACUGAGCGGUGUUGUUUCUCCGCACACGGCCAUUUUGUUUGUUAUUCCUUUCCCGUAUCGUCGUGUAAUUCGUAUAUCUGUUGCCGCCACCGCGAAAUCCAAACGACCCCUUUCAUUCACGAUUUGGAUGUUUAAUCAUCCGACUUGGUUCCAGCACCACAUUGUCUGGACGAUCGUGUACAAUAUAGGCUCAUACCACUGUGGUUGACGGCCGCAGAAAUUGGGCGUGCACUGAGUAAACCAGUCAAGUUCGUUUUGGCCGAGAAAAAUUCGGAAAACAAGCGCAGUGCCAUACCGUUCGGCAGACGGAAGAGGAGAAAAAAGUCUAAAACGAGUCCUGUGCCCUGUAUUAUGAACCACAUGGUCGAACGGGACAGUGAAAAUGACGUUCCGGAGGAAAUGGAUAUCUCGGAAGUCCUCACUAAUGAGGUAUUGAAUGUGCCUUUGAUGUUAAGAGAAACUCGAGAGAUGCCAAUGAAUACUGAUUUAGUAGAUGAGGUACCUGAGGGCAUUCCCAUUGCUUCGAAUGAUGUAGAAAUGGAAGAAGAUAAUGCACGACCUGAAGCCACUUUUAGGUAUGCAAUUGAAAAUUUUAGUAAAUCUAAAGAACAAAGACUAUCGCCUCCUUGUUAUGUACGUGAUCUUCCUUGGAAAAUUAUGAUCAUGCAUAGAGUAAGCCAAGAUAAUCGAUCAGCAAAACCGGCUCAACCUUCUGUUGGGUUUUUUCUUCAAUGUAAUGGUGAUUCAGAAAAUACUUCUUGGAGUGUCAAUGCUAGUGCCGAACUUCGUGUAAUAUCACAAAAAGAAGGUAUAGCGAAUAUUGAGCGUAAAAUUCAACAUUUGUUUUAUCCCAAGGAGAAUGAUUGGGGAUUUAGCUUUUUCAUGUCUUGGGAUGAUAUAAUUGAUGAAACUAAAGGAUUCAUUAAAAAUGAUGUUGUUAUAUUUGAAGUUUCUGUAACAGCUGAUGCACCUCAUGGUGUUAGUUGGGAUUCGAAAAAACAUACUGGUUAUGUGGGUUUGAAAAACCAAGGUGCAACUUGUUAUAUGAACUCAUUAUUACAAGCAUUAUAUUUUACUAAUCAGCUACGCAAAGCUGUAUAUAAAAUGCCCACUGAAAGUGAUGAUAGCAAUAAAAGUGUUGCUUUGGCGUUGCAACGAGUAUUUCAUGAGCUUCAGUUCUAUGAUAAGCCUGUUGGUACAAAAAAGUUAACUAAGAGCUUUGGAUGGGAAACACUUGAUUCAUUUAUGCAACAUGAUGUUCAAGAAUUUUUGAGAGUUUUGCUUGACAAAUUGGAAAAUAAAAUGAAAGGAACGUGUGUUGAAGGAACAAUACCAAAGUUAUUCGAGGGUAAAAUGAUUUCAUAUAUAAACUGUAAAAAUGUGGAUUACACUUCUAAGCGGACAGAAACAUUUUAUGAUAUCCAGCUUAAUAUUAAAGGGAAAAAAAACAUUUACGAGUCAUUUAAAGAUUAUAUUCAAGUUGAGAUACUAGAUGGAGAUAAUAGAUAUGAUGCUGGUGAAUAUGGCUUACAAGAUGCUGAAAAGGGUGUCAUAUUUGCUUCGUUUCCUCCUGUAUUUUAUUUACACCUUAUGCGAUUUCAAUAUGAUCCAGUUACAGACAGUUCUGUGAAAUUCAAUGAUAGAUUUGAAUUUUAUGAUAAAAUCAAUUUAGAUGAGUAUUUAAAAGUAAAGGAACAAACUCCAGCUGAUUAUAUAUUACAUGCUGUACUUGUUCAUAGUGGAGAUAACCACGGUGGACAUUAUGUUGUAUUCAUUAAUCCUAAAGGAGAUGGCAAAUGGUGUAAAUUUGACGAUGAUGUUGUAUCAAGAUGUCCUAAAGAAGAAGCAAUUGAACAUAAUUUUGGUGGUAAUGACGGUGAUGAGAACAUGAUGCCAAUAAAACAAUGUACAAAUGCUUAUAUGUUAGUUUAUAUACGUGAUUCUGAACUUAAAAAUGUUCUUCAAGAAGUGACUAUCAAUGACAUACCAAAAGAAUUGGUAGAACGAUUGCAAGAUGAGAAACGUAUUGAAACUAUACGCCGAAAAGAACGAAAUGAUUUGCAUAUAUACACCAAUGUACAAGUGGUCUUAGAAGACUGUUUUGAUAGUUAUUUAGGAUUAGACUUGUUUGAUUUAGAUCAGUCUGCUGUCCGUACAGUCAAAGUAAAAAAGACAAAUACUUUGAAAGAAGUACAUAAAUUGUUGGCAGACACUUUUAAAUAUCAUUCUAAUCAAAUUAGAAUUUGGCCUCUAAUUACUAGUAAGCAUGAUUCUUUAAGACCUACAUAUCUUGAUAUGGAAGCAAAUGCUUUAAAAACUAUUCAAGAUUUACAAGACAGUUCAGCAACUACUUGGAAUAUUUGGCUAGAGUUAGUUGAGCCAAGCAUGAAUUCAUUAUUACCAUUUGAUAGAAAUAAUCAGUCUUUGAUUUUUUUUAAACUGUUUAUACCCGAAGAAAGGCUAUUAGUUUAUUGUGGUUACUAUUUUGUGACGUAUGAAACAACAAUAGAUUCUCUUAUGAAUAUCAUGAACAAACGAGCUGGUUUUGAUGAGAACACAAAACUUGCAGUUUAUAAAGAAACUAACAAAAAUGAAGUAGAAAAAAUUACUAAACCUGAAGAUCCAAUCUGCGAAAUUAUGCAGACUUCAACAUAUGGUGAAAUAUUAAUUUAUCAAAAAGAAGAACUUAUAAGAAAUUAUCUUAGUGUUAUUGAUCAUUUUAAGAAUAUUUGUUCUCAAGCAUAUGUAACAUUUUGUGAUAAACUUAUUCCUAAUGAUCCCGGGUUUACCUUGGGAUUACCUGGAUGGACAUCGUACCCUGAUUUAUUACAAGCAGUUGCUGAAAGAGUAGCUGUCGACCAAAGAAAAUUACAGAUUUAUUUAAGUAUUAACAGCGGUCAAAAAGAAUGUCCUGGUGAGCCAAUUGGGUACUCUUAUGGUGGACAAAUUCGUGACCUAAUUUCUAAUAAUAGCUAUGGAAAAAGGUAUCCCAAGAAAUUCUUUUAUCAAGAAAUGCACAUGCCUGUUGAUGAGUUAGAAAGCAAGAAACCUGUCAAAAUUGUUUGGUGUGGUCCAAAAAUAAAAGAUGAAAGGGAAAUAAUCUUAUAUUUAAAUAAGAAUGAUGGAUCAAGUGCUCAUUUUUAUGAAGUAUUACGUGACAGUGUAGAAUUAUCACCUGAAGGAUCUGGACAAUUUAGAACAGUAGAAAUCAUAUCUGCUAAAAUAUCUAAAUGGUUCAAUCCUGGAGUAAGAAUUCCUGAAGCUAAUUCAUCAUUUCCGUCCAAAUAUUAUAGAAUAGAAGAAAUACCCAAAAAUGAGAUGGAACUUAGUGAAAAUGAAUUAUUAGUUCCUGUAAAUCAUUUCUCUAAAGAAGUAUAUUCUACAUUUGGUACUCCUUUUUUAAUUAAAAUUAUACAUGAAGAAACUUUAGCAGAUGUAAAAGAACGAAUUGUUAACAAGACUGGAAUUCCAGAUAAAGAGCUGGAAAAAUAUAAAUUUGCAAUUUGUCAAGGAGUAAGAGCUACUUUUAUACCGGAUUCUCAUGUUAUGAACUUGCAAGAUUUCAAAACACCUCCAACCUCUCAAGGACAAUGUAAUCGACCGUGGUUGGGCAUGGAACAUCCCAACAAAACUAAACGCACACGAUUAAAUUAUUUAGAAAAAGCUAUUAAAAUCUAUAAUUAAUAUUUAUAUAUUCAAGUUAAUUAAUUUGAAUAAUUGUUUAAUUAAAUACUGUGUGUGAUAGUAAUUAUGUCAAGGUGAUAUACCUAUUUUAA